CCGCUGCCUAUCCCGUAGGCCGGAGGGUGUCCUUUCCCCCUCCCCGGGGUGUCAGAGGGGCAGCCUUGGCACGGGCCGAGCUGAGGCAUGAAUGGUCCGGUCUUCGCAGAGUCCCAUGGAGGAGGAGCCGCCAGCGCCCUAUUCCACGCCCACGCCGCCCCCUCCCUCCGCCUCCAAGAUCGCCCAGAUGAGCAACCUGACGAGCCUGGGCGCCGCCCGCGGCGGGGGCAGCCUGCGCCCAGAGGCUGCCCUGGACUCGGGCUCCUUGUCCAGCCCUGUGCGGGUGGCGAGCUUCCACGCGGCCGUGAUCUCCUUUACCACCGUGGCGGCCGCGGUGGCCGAGGCGCGGGUGAGCCGGGAUGGCGGCGGCAGCGACAGCGGCAGCGGCCUGGCUGGGGGGGAGAAGGCUGGGCCGGGCAGCAGCAUCCCCAGCAGCAGCAGCAUCCUCAGCCUCGGCAGCAUCCCCAGCGAGGAUCCCGUCCCAGCGGCGGCGGCGGCGGCCGGGGCGAAGCGGCUGCUGCUGGAGCCCUGGGCCGCGGUGGCGGCGCAAGCGCUCGUGCUGCUGCUCAUCUUCCUUCUCUCCAGCCUGGGCAACUGCGCCGUGAUGGGGGUGAUCGUGAAGCACCGACAGCUCCGAACCGUCACCAACGCCUUCAUCCUGUCGCUGUCCCUAUCUGAUCUGCUCACCGCCCUGCUUUGCCUGCCCGCUGCCUUCUUGGCCCUCUUCACUCGCCACGGAGCCGGCUUCGACGGGCCCCCAGCCGCUCGUCCCUGGCGGCGCUUUUGCGCCGCCAGCCGCUUCUUCGGCUCCUGCUUCGGUAUCGUGUCCACCUUGACAAUGACCCUCAUUUCCCUGGACCGUUACAACGCCAUCGUGAGGCACCCCAGGGAAAAGAUGGGCUGGCGCAGGGCCCUGUUGCUCUUGAUUGCCGUUUGGCUCGUGGCAGCGGGGCUUUCCUUCCCUUGGGAUCUACUGGGGAGUUCCGAGGGGGACUGGGACGAGGAUGCGCUAGUGGGACCGAAACAGAGUUUCCACCGCUGCCUAUACGUUUCCUAUCCAGGCCCCUCACGCUUGGGUCCCACUUACAACAUCUGGCUGAUUGUAACCUGUUACCUGUUUCCCUUUGGGAUCAUGUGUUUCUGUCUCUACCAGAUUUGCAAGACCGUAAAGUUGUCGGAAAUUAGGGUGCGACCGGUGACAACCUAUGCGCACCUGUUGCGCUUCUACAGGGAAACGCGCACGGCGACCACCGUGCUCAUCAUGAUCGUUUUCAUUAUUUUCUGCUGGGGACCAUAUUGCCUCCUGGUACUGUUCACAGCGGCAGCUGGGGCUGCGGGUGCUCAGACACCCCCAUUCCACCCAGUCCUGAAUAUCGUGGCCCUGUGGAUGGCUUGGGCAAAUGGAGCCAUCAAUCCUCUCAUCUAUGCCAUCCGCAACCCCAACAUUUCCGUGCUGCUGAGGCACAAAAGGGAGGAGGGCUACAGGACUAGAAAUGUAACCGCCUGCUUGUCUAGUCACAACAGAAAUCUGGAGGCCAGAAACGUGGCGAAUCGUCUCAGAGAACGCUACGCCCACAGGCUCGGCGUGUGCAGUAGAGGAUCCUCUUGCAGUUCUACUAAUGGUGAAGGAGGAAGGGAUGUGGCCAUGUGGGCUUGUAGAAAUCCAGCCUUACUCUUCUGCAGAGAUAGUCUACCAGAGACCGCGUCAGAAAUAGCCAUGCAGCGUAAAACAGCAGACACUAGUCUCUAAAAUGGAUUGUGUUCAUGGAUAGAGCCAAGUACUACCACAGGAGUAUUCUGUCCUUUACAUUUUAGGGCUUAGGGAAUUCCACUGAGGAUGACUGGAGUUUCUGAGAACCAAACAUUUUAUACUAAAAGAAACAAGAGGGAACAGGGCUUGCCAUUUCCAGAAAGCUUGACUAAAACACACACACACACACACACACACACACACACACCCCAAAAAAAAAACCCAAACCCCACAAAAAUUAUGUUUUUGCAAAAAUGCUGAGACUGAUGUAAAUUGCAAAAAUUAGACCAACGUGACUGAUUAUUGUGAAUUGUAAGUGCCAAAAAAGACCGAAAACCAAAUAUCAGACCACCUAAAGCCCAUAUGUAUAGGAAUCACACUGUGAAAAACAAAAAUACAUUGUCUUUGGAAGAGGUUAUUGGGGUUUAUUCAAAUGCACAAAAAUGUCUCCAGCUAUGGGAUGGAAAACUAGUUACUUUUGAUUAACUUGUAUUAAGAUUGCCCUUUAAAUGACCUAUAUUAACAAAAUUGACAAUCAGAAUCCACCAAGCUAUAGAAAAUGCAACUUAGGGGUUUUGGGGAGAGCAUAUAAGGAACUAACAAUUCUGUUUCUCUCAUGGAUUUAUUGGGAGAAAUAGUCCUGCCUGGUCCAAAUUUAGAAAUUGGAAAAGGUUAUAUUUAUGUAUUAGGUGCAAAAAACAGGAAGAACAAAAACUACAAGUUGUGACUUUAAGGAAAUGUAAUUGAUUUGAUACAUUGCAAAAUAUAUAUCUAAUUCAAUGUUGCCUUUUCAAGUAGUCAUUUUAGGAAAACUUAAAACAUACUGGUGCUCCCUUGUUUUGUAUGGCCUUUAGAAUCUACAAUGUAUUCUUUUAAAUAUCCUUAGUAGCAGCACAUAUGGAUUCUUUGAAAGUGGAAAUGAUUCUUGGAUAAAGUCAAAGAUAAGUGUGAUGAAUAAGAUUGAUGAUCCAGCUGAGAUUAUCUCUUAGCUGAUCAAUAUUACUAUAAAAAUGAUAAUGAUUUUAUUGUAUAGCAUAUAACUUAACUCUCAAGGCAAUUCCUAAAAAGGAAUUCUAGAGAUGGUUGGGACAGCAAUAACAAUUUGAUGAACUCAAUAGCUUCUCAGGUUGACUACUCUGAAAGACAAGGGUCAUUUGAAUGUAGACAUUCUGAUAUUUUUUGAAAAGUCAGUUUCAUUGCUUAAUGAAUGGUUAAAUGGUUCAACUCAUGUUCCAGGCAUAUCUUGAUCAUAUUCUUUAGAGAGAAAAACUAUAAAUUGGCUAUGUUUUAAGGGCAUUUAAUUGUGGGUCCAGAAAGAUUGAUGUAUUGUAUUGGUCAAAUGGUUAAUUAGAUGUAUCCAGAAAUUACUGAAAAGUUCUUUAAAAAUUAAUUGCUUGACUACACUUAAAAUAAUGCCAAAAAAAGCACAAACUAGGAAAUUUUUCAAGUAAAAUGCUAUUACACAAAAACUCAGUUUUUUAAAAGAUGCUUUUGUGUUUUCUCCCUUACUUCCCUUCUUUCUUCCUAUUCUCUUUUUUCUUCCCUUUUUUCUCUCAUCCCAAAGAGGCUCAGGACUUCAUAGCCUUAAUUUAAUAUUUAAAAUUAGGCAUGAGAUUCAUCAUCCUGCUACUUUCUGAAGACAUAAAUGUGAAAUGGUAUCCAGUAUUUUUUCUUAUACAGUACUAAAAUAUGUUUUAAUUUUUUUUUGUUUGCGAGAAGUCAGUAUAUAUCAUUAUUUUAUAAUCAAAACCUUAAAAUAAAUGGUCUUUUAUGCAAA